AUGAAACCUUCAAAACUGCUUCGCCACUUGAACGCCAAGCACCCUGGAUUAAAAGACAAGUCCUUGGAGUAUUUUGAAAGAAAAAAACGGGAGCACGAAGGACAGAAAAAAUUUAUGAUGGCCACCACAUCAAUAAAGGAGAGUGCACUAAGAGCAUAUUUGGUGGCUAACCGCAUUGCUAAAGCUAAAAAGCCAUUCAAUAUUGGUGAAGAAUUAAUCUUGCCCGCCACUAAAGACAUUUGCCGUGAAAUACUAGGAGAAACUGCUGUGGAAAAGAUAGCACAUGUGCCUUUGUCGGCUAGCACUGUGACUAGGCGCAUUGAGGAAACAGCCGAAGACAUUGAAAAGCAAUUGUUGGAUAGGAUUAAUGCAUCGCCGUGGUACGCACUCCAGGUUGACGAAUCUACAGAUAUUGACAGCAAGGCAAUACUACUUGUUUAUGUGCGAUAUCUAUAUCAGGAAGAUGUGCAUGAGGAUUCGUUAUGUGCACUAUCUUUGCCAACCAACACCACAGGAGCAGAACUGCUCAAGUCACUGGAUGGUUAUAUAUCAAGACAACUAAAAUGGUCCUUUUGUAUAGGCAUAUGCACAGACGGAGCUGCUGCUAUGACCGGACGUCUAUCUGGUUUAACUUCUCGGAUUAAAGAAGUUGCACCUGAGAGUGAAGCUACGCAUUGUCUCAUUCACAGGGAAGUGCUAGCAAGCCGAAAAAUGUCACCAGAAUUCAACAGCGUAUUGAUUGAUGUCGUUAAAGUUAUUAAUUACAUCAAAGCACACGCCCUUAACUCGCGCCUGUUUGAGCAGCUUUGUGAGGAGAUGGACGCAGAGUACAGAUGCCUUCUGUUAUAUACAGAAAUAAGAUGGUUAUCCAGAGGAAAGUCGCUACAGAGAGUAUUUGAAUUGCGAGACCCAUUGCAAAGAUUUCUCUUAGAAAAGAAGUCACCGCUGGGAGCACAUUUCAGUGACAUAUUCAACCUGCUGAAUGAACUCAAUCUGUGCCUUCAAGGGAAAAUGACAACUGUUUUCAAGUUGGCUGACAAAGUAGCUGCCUUUAAAGUCAAAAUGGAGUUAUGGGGACGACGUGUGAACAGAGGCAUUUUCGACAUGUUUCAGACAUUAGCGGGUAUUUUAGGCGAGACAGAGCCUGAAGAUCCAUUCUCCCAGUUGGUUCACGAUCACCUGUCUUUGCUUUUAAAAGAGUUCGAGCGCUACUUCCCAACCACAAAAGACCCACGAACUGGUAAGGAAUGGAUCCGCGACCCAUUUGCCAACAAAUCGGGUGAAUCUAGCUUGUCAAUGCAAGAAGAAGAUCAACUGUUGGAGAUUGCAAAUGACGGCGGCCUUAAGACUACGUUCGAAACAACAACUCUGCCGGUGUUCUGGAUUAAAGUCUUGGCAGAAUACCCCGAGAUUGCCACCACAGCACUUAAAUCCCUAUUGCCAUUUCCGACAACCUAUCUGUUCUGCGGCAUGCAGAUGUAA